UUUUCAACGAGGAAUUCGAAUCCGAUGCCUUUUUUUUCGCCAGACCCCUUGGGGGUGGUACCAAAAUCAAAUUUUGUAAAAAUGAAAAAAAAUCGAGUGAUAUGUCAAAAUAUAGGUUUUUUGGGUCGAAAAACACGAAUCUGAGGUACUUUUUUUCUUCAGUCCCCUCGAGGGCCUUGGGGAGGUGCUAUCGAAAUCAAAUUUUGUAGAAAUAGAAAAAAAUCGAGUGAUACGUCAAAAUGUAGGUUUUUUGGGUCGAGAAACACGAAUCUGAAGCUCUUUUUCUCAUUCAGCCCCUAGGGGAGGUGCUACCGGAAUCAAAUUUUGAAAAAAUCAAAAAAAUUUGAGUACCUAGUUUAUCAAAAUCUAGAUUUUUUGGUGGAGGGGAUUUAUUAGUCAGUUUUUCAAUCAUUCGACCCGAUAUCGUCGGUUAUUUUAUAUCAUAACUUGAAAAAUCGCACCUAAUCACAGAGUAACUAUAACCAUACCCCUAAAUGCAUCGGAUUCGAAUUCCUCGUUGAAAAUUACUACGAAAUUACUACUUUCAACUCUUGAUAUGGUCAUUGGUCAUAGUUUUGUUGUAAAACGCCAUGCGCGCCUUUUUUUGCCAUUCGAGUCACUGUGCGCAGGGAAACCCAAUAAAAUUCCUGAUAAAAUGAAAACUCAUAAUGCAGUCAUACGAAAAAUCGGUACUAAUGGACUUCUGGGGUCCCAAAACGGAUCUUUCGAAUUCAAGUGGUUCCAUCCCCAAUCUCGGGAUCAUGGUAAAUGGUAAUCCAUAUCUUUUAAGGAAGAAAUAUAAUUCAAUGUUCAUUUUUCUUGUAAGCCGUUUCUUUAAAUCGAGAGUACAAAAUAACGUACCCCUAUUCCUUAAUAUGGUAUAGGUCAAAUUUUUCAGAAUUCUUGAGUGCGAAUGCAAUGGAGAAAUAUCAUUUUUCAAUUUAUCCGCCUGAUUUUUAAUGCUUAAGAAGAUGGAAAUAUUUGUUUCCACAGUAUCUCCAAAAAGCCCUUUUUGAACAAACAAGCUAGCAAGAGUUCCAAAUUUGCACCAAUCGUUUCUACUUUUCAAAUUGACCCCACUCAAACUUUACAGUAGGUAUUCUUAUUUUUUUUAUGAUUACAACUCGUCAAUUUCGAUCAAGCUGAAAGUUUUCUCGCUGAAAGAGUAUAUCAUCCAGACCUCACAACUAGGUACCUACAUUUUUAGCUGCUGAAGUUGAUUUUUUGAUUUUUGGUGAAUUUUUGAAAUAUGACGGAAACAGCCUAUUUGGAUAGGAUUAAUUUUCUACAAAAAAGCGAACGUAGAGAUAAAAAUACAUACGAAACUUUUAAAAUUUUGAAUCCUCAAAGUGAUGUUCUCCAUUAUUCACUUUCAUUUCAGACAUGUCCAUGGUACGAGGACGGAUGUAACACAAAAUGGGUCGCAUGAAUUGAAAGUAGGUACGUACGUACUCGUUACUUCAACUAUCCUUGAACCAACGCAAAAAUGAAUUGCUUCAAAAAAUUGUUAAUUUUUCUAUCAUCGUCCAUGCUAUGUGUUGGAGUCUCAUGCUACAGAAAUAAUCAAAGUCCAGCUCAACCAAAGGCUGUUACAAAGAACAGUUUAGCAGCUGGUGGAAAUUAUUCUCAAGCUCGUGAAAAUAAAAAUUGGACCAUAUCACUCUCAACCGAAUACCAGGAUAUAUUUGAUGUGAAAUCUAUAAACAGAUUCACUUCAGGGAACUAUAGUUACGAGUACUUUGUAACCACUGAACGAAAAUCGGCAACACCAGGAUCUCCAUACAUUUCAAAAAUAAAAAGGGCAUGUUAUAUUCCCGGUAUCUCCACUGUAGAUGAAUACUCUGAGAUUGUAGUCGAAUGCGGCGGUAUGAAUGGAACAUAUAAUUUAGUUCAAGCUGUUCAUCUAGGAAAACCUGGGUUGAAGUUGAUUAAAUCAUUGAAGAUUAGACCUGAAGACGAAGUAUUAUUCGCAACUUUUUCCAAAAGCAAAACAAAAAAUUCCAAUGAAUCUAGUGCUGAUAGUGCCAUAUGUAUUUAUUCAUUAGACGCGAUAAACGGAAAAUUUACAGAAAAAAUUCGAAAUUGUUUCGAUAGAGUGGGAAAUUCUGAGUUGGAUUUUGUAUUGCGCGAAAAUAAAUGUGUUGGAACAAUUUCAACAACUAAUGUUGAUAAAGAGUGCAUCCGAGGGGUAAAAAAUGUGUCAGUUGAUGGAAAUGAGCGUAUUAUAAGUUCUCCUCUUUCCACAUUCACUGCACUUCCGACAGAUAUCAUAAGUGCCAGAAAUGAAAGCAACACCGUUAUAUUUAUAGGUACAAGUGAUGGAUAUUUGAAAACAUUUAUAACAAAUGAUACAAAAUCUCUUAUCUACUUGUAUGUUAUAAAUUGGAAUAUUGAGAAAAAUUCUCCAAUAUAUUUUAAUGCACAGCUCUCUUCAGACGAAUCAAUUGUAUUCAAGAAAACUAUAAAAGGUCUUAAGAAAAUCGAAGUACCUGAAAUACCCUGCAGAAUAUUCACAACUUAUGAUAGUUGCUUGCAGUCUGAUAUUAAAUCGUGUGGCUGGUGCGUAUUACUCAAUCUUUGCACAAAGAAAUUUGAAUGCGAGCCAAAUCAGAAGGAUGGGAUAUGGCUUGACUAUGAUUUUCGAAAGGAUGCCAAAAUUAUUUAUAUUAAUUCAAGGUCAUUUGAAAGAUUUUCCAAUGAACGUAUAGAAAUGACUAUAGAAAAUAUCACUUCAAUUAGCAAGCAAUUCAACUGCAGUUUUGAAAUUGGGAAUGAAAUAUAUACCACAUCUCUCGCAUUGCAUCAAUCGACUGCCUCUUGUCCCACACCUUCAGCUAAUAAAAUUUCAACAAUACCACUCGAUUAUGAUCAUUUCAACGCCACUUUACGAAUCAAAACUAAUUACAUCCCGAAUAUUGCAAGCAUAAAUAUAACAUUUUUUGAUUGUAGAACUUAUGAAACUUGUGAUAAAUGUGUUUCCUCGUCCACAAAACUCAAAUGUGAUUGGUACAUUACAAGUAAAACGUGUAGGCCUGGAUAUCAAAUAGCAUUGGGGAACAAAAAUGGAAAUGUUGUGACCGGCAACAAUUCAAAUUGUCCUAGAGUGAGAACAUUCCUCAAACCUACAGUUCACACUCGAAGCUGCAAUGAAUGCAAUACCUAUGAUAAAUGCUUAUCAUGCAAUCUGCCCCAUUGUGGAUGGUGUCUUACGGCAAAUAAAUGCUCUUUGAGUAAUGAGUGUUCAAGUACAAUGCAGGUACGAGUACCAUGGAUUAAGCACAAAAUACAAUCGUUAUUUUUAAUCAAUAUUGAGCAAACAAAUUUCUCAAUCAGUAUACUGCAUCACAAAUACGUACACAAUGAAAGAUCAAAACUUUUACAGCUAUCCCUGCGCGUUCCAGAGUUGGACUUUUCAAAAUAUGAAUUUUAUUGCAAACUUACUUUCGAAACUCUGAAUUUAUCUGUCAUCACAAACACUACUGUCAGUAAAAAGACAAACACAAAUUACACAGUUAUGUGUGAGACUCCCAUCCUGGACAAAAAACUUUCAAUACCACCCUUCAACCAUUUUAUAAAAGCAAAUUUGACAAUCAAAUUAGGUAAUAUUACUGAUAUUUACAACACAUCCAUCUUAUUUUUUGACUGCAACUCAUAUGAUUCAUAUGAAACAUGCGUAUUUUCAAACUUCGAAUGUCAGUGGUGCCCAAAUGAAACAAUAUGCACAUUUAAUGCCAUCAAUCCGUGUAAAAUCAAUACCAAUAUGUGUCUCAAUUCACUACGCCCAUCAAUUUCAUCCUUCAAGCCUGUAGAGGGCCCAUGUGAAGGUGGCACCAAUCUCACAAUUCUUGGUGAAAAUCUUGGGUGUACUUUUGAAGACAUUUCUCGCAGUAUUAUCAAUGUUGCAGCUAUACCCUGCAUUCCUCUCAUAGAAAAGUAUAUACCUAUGAAGAUGAUAGUAUGCAACAUCAAUAGAUCAAAUUUGCAUGAAAAUCUCGAAGGACCAGUUGAACUGAUGUUGAAUGGAAUCCUUCUUAAAUCACAUCAAAAUUUUAAGUUUGUAAACUCAAAAAUCAACGACGUUUCUCCAAACCAAGGAUUCAUAUAUGGUGGCACCGAGCUAACCUUCAUUGGUGAACACCUGGAUGCUGGUAGAUCUGUUGAAAUUUCAGUUGGUAAUGCAUCAUGCCCUUUGAUUUAUCGUUCCCCAAAUGAAAUGAAAUGCAUUACUAGCCCAUCCAGAACAAAAGAAGGUGAAAUAAUUGUGAAAUUCGAUAAUAACAUUCUCAAGACAAACAACAGCUCAUACAAGUAUAUUAAAGAUGCAGAACGUGAUGAAAAUGGUUACAACACUGCACCAAAAGGUAUCCUUUCCGGAGGUGUUGAAAUUUUAAUCCGUAAUAUAACAUUCCCAAGUGGUACAUUGAUUCGCGAAUUACAAUUUCUAGUGCACAUCAACAACACAAAUAAUUAUAACAGCUCCUGUACAGUUCGAAAUGAUUCUACAGCAACUUGUCUGUCACCAUACAUUCCAGACAUGGAUAAAUCUUCUUUUAGCACACAGAAUCUUUUUGAAUUGGAAUUUUCCCUUAAACACCAGACAGCAAAAGUUCGGAUUAUUUCCAAUACCUCUAGUAAUUCUACAAAGUUCACCUUAUAUCCUGAUCCUGAAUUUUUUCACUUUUUAAACUCAUCAGUGGAUUUCAAUGACAAAACAUACAUUAUUAUUAAAGGACGCUAUAUUAACUUGGCAUGCCAAAAAUCAGACAUAAAAGUAAAAGUUGGUAAUGAUAGUUGCACUGUAAUAUCACUGUCCUCAAGUCAAGUCGUCUGCUCCCUACCAAAAUCGCAAACAAUGGAUUUUGACAGAGUUUUCAAUGAAGAAUAUGACAUCUUGACUGAACUUGAUAAUAUCACAGUACUAAUCGGCGAUCAUUUUAAACAAAUAGUCCCCAAACAGCCAGAUUCUCCUGUAGUGAAAAAUAACCCGUCUGAAAAUUACAUCCUACCUAUCAUAAUCAUUUGCAUUGCAAUAUUUGUGAUCCUAAUUAUAUCAUCUAUCAUCGUUGGUAAAAAAAUCAGAGCAAAAGCUUCACAAAAAAUAAAGGACACCCAGUUGCAAAUGGAUAAGCUCCAGUUAUGUGUUGCUUCUGAAUGUAAAGAAGCUUUUGCCGAACUUCAAACUCAAAUAAGUAUUUUCACAUCGCAAAACCAAAGCAAUGGUUUGCCAUUCCUCAACUAUCGUGGUUAUGUUACAAAAAUCUUAUUUCCAGAUAUCCAAAACCAUUCCUUUAUGUUUUAUGGAAAAGCAAUACUAAUCCAUAAAGAGCAAGGGUUGCAAUUGUUCAGCAACUUGAUUAGGAACAGAAGAUUCUUGCUGAUGUUUGUGAGAACAUUGGAAAGCAAUGAAAGUUUCUCCAUAAAGGAUCGAGUGUUUGUUGCUUCAAUGAUAAUGACAGCUUUACAAAAUGACAUGGAAUACUGCACUGAUAUCCUCAAGUCAUUAAUGGCCGAGUUGAUUCAAAAGUGCAUCCAAGGUAAAAGUCAUCCCAAACUUUUGUUCAGACGAUCCGAAAGUGUGGCUGAAAAAAUGCUUUCAGCUUGGUUUGCCUUCUUGCUAUAUGAAUUUCUGAAAGAGACUUCCGCCACACCACUUAUCAACUUGUUCAGUGCCAUAAAACAGCAAGUCUGCAAAGGCCCAGUGGAUAUGAUAACAUCGGAUGCUCGAUAUUGUUUGAGUGAAAACAAAAUGAUCAGGCAAAAAAUCAACUACUCUCCCGUGACUGUGCUUGUGAGCAUUUCUGAAAAAACUGCACCAAUCAUAAAAUUGAAAUCAGCAGUGAAGAAAGUGCAGGUCAAAGUGUUGGACUGUGACACAAUAUCCCAAGUGAAAGAAAAAAUAAUGGAUAUAAUUUAUAACACGAAUCACUGUAGCCAACGUCCAGAUCCAUCUGAAAUAUGUAUCGAGUGGUUAACUGGAAGUUCAGAUGGAAUAAUUCUGACAGAUACUGAUCAUACUUCAAAAAUCGAAGGUGAAUGGAGACAAAUAAAUACGCUCGGGCAUUACGGUGUCAUUGAUGGUAGUACAUUGAACCUAAUAUCUUUUGCAAAGACUAACUAUAGCACUUCAGAUGCACAACUUUCGGAUAUAAUGAACUUCCAAAAAGAUUUCAGUAGUCUGAAGAAGAAAAGGCUCUUAUCUGAAUCCGCAACUCCUUUGAUACAGAAUGAUGAUGCUCGCUGCAAAGAUUGGCAUCUAAUCAAGCCUAUUGAUCUAAGUAAUGGGCUAGAUGAUCACACUGAAAGCAAUCAAGUAGUUCCUGAAAUUUAUCUAACAAGGUUAUUAGUGGUGAAAAACAGUUUGCAGAGCUUUGUCAACGAUCUGUUAGCGACAAUACUGAAAAAAAAUAACCAGAAAAAAUGUUUCCCAACAGCUAUAAAAUACAUGUUUGAUUUCUUGGACGAUCAAGCCUUACAACACAGUAUCACUGAUCCCGAAGUCGUGCACGUUUGGAAAAACAACAGUUUACCGUUACGAUUCUGGGUAAAUUUGAUUAAAAAUCCAAAUUUCCUAUUCGAUAUUCAUAAAUCAGCCACCAUCGAUUCGUGUCUCAGCGUUAUUGCUCAAGUUCUAAUGGAUUCUUGCUCGACAACUGAACCUAAUUUGAACAAGGAUUCAGCAACAUCGAAACUUCUUUAUGCCAAGGAAAUACCAGUAUAUAGAAAAUGGGUCCAUAAAUAUUACUCGGAUAUAAAAAGCAUGCCUGCGAUUUCACCUCAAAGCAUGAGUGAGAUGUUAUUGAAGGAAUCUCAAACGCAUGCCGCAGAUUUUGACUCAAAUUCAUCGGUUGAUGAAUUACUCAAAUAUGCGUUUAAAUUUAAGGAGAAGUUGAUUGAUGCCUUGAAAGCUGAUAAGGUGGCACAAGAAGAUUUAUUAGCUCUCAAGUUGGAAAAAGUUUAUGAUACAAUGUCAGCUGUUGAAAAUUUUUAAUGUAAUUUUAAUGCGACAUUUUUACACGUACGUUUUUUAUACAUACCUACCUACCUAUUACCAUGAACUUUUCGUUUCUUUUUUUAUAUGCAGUAAGUACCCAUGUGGAUUUAAUUUUAUAUUUUUAUUUGUAGGUAAAUCGAAUGAAUAUUUCAUGUUCAAGUGUGUGUAGUGUAUGUAUAAGGCCACUUUUAUGUACUAUUUCAAGUAUCUACCCAAUUUUUUUUCGAUCUGAAAAUUCAUCCAUUCAUUUAUUUGUUUGAUAUGUAGGUAGGUAUCUGAUUUUCAAAUUUUUAAGAUGUUUAAAUUGAUUAAUUUCUUGAGUAGAUACCUACCUACCUCCUAUACCAGUAUUUUAUGUGUUUUCUUUUACUAUGAAAAAAUUAAAAUCCAUAUUGUAGGUUCCUAUAAAUUUUUUCCUAAUAUUAAAUUUUUUUAGGUUAUUACAAAUAAAUGUGUUAUUUUUCUUAAUAGUUUCUCAAUUUUUAAAUAGUUAGAUAGUACCUACCUACAAAAAAUACCUAUCACGUACCUUUUCCAGUUACUUACCUACUUAUUAAAUUUUUGAUACUGUUCAAAAUUGUAACAAUAAUGCUUAAUAUUAAAAUGGCCAAGGCGUUUUGAAUGUUCAAAACAGUGAUGUGUUUCAAAUUGAAAAAUGGUGUCCGAUUGAAACGUAUCAGGAAUUUCACAAAAUUUGUUGUCAAAUAAAAUCUUCAUUACAGGAAGAGUAGAAAUAUCGGGUACCACAGCAACCAACCUAACUAAAACACAGAAUAGAAUAGUUUUGUGCUUGAAAUGUAUGUUGUUAACACAACUUCAACACUAGUGUUAGGUGGGACACGUUUAGUGUUACCAAUAUCAACUUAAAGUUUCACACAAAAAACCCUACUGGGUUUUCCUUAGGUAAGUAGGGGGGACCUGAUAUUUUGAUCUUCCCUGUAAAUAAGAAAUUUUCCCCCUUUAUAAUUACCUAAUUCGACGAUUUCGAACGAGCAAUUUUUUUUUCAUCACACCAAAAAUGAAAUUACGUUUUACAUUUCGAAAAAACGGCGAAUUGACAUUUCAUUUUUUCUGAGAAUGAUUAAUCAAACCUGACUAAUACAUAUUUUUACAAUAAUAGAAUUUUUCAAUCUGAUAAACAGAAACGCACGCGUCAUUGUGAUAUUCUAUUAAGAUCGUGGGGCUACUUGUCCGAUCUAGUGUAUUUAACAGAAUUACCUAAUAAGGAAAUGAGGUGGGUUUGGAAAAAACAGGACGUUGUGAUGACGAUGAGGCAUGGAGCAAUAUUAAUCUUUUUUCAUGUGAAAAUAGCUUUGUCCUGGUAACAUUGGAGUAACACACACGUUCAUGAACUCAAGGUGAGUUGCCUAUGUCACUGGCGAAAGGAGCUUAUUCUGUAGAGGGCACCGAAUUAUUUAGGUACUUCAUUGAUUUUACACUGGAUCUAGUAUAAUCUGAGCGAGCAGAUUUCUGGAAAACGAAGUAGGGAGGUUUUAUGAUAACAAAAUAUUAAUACGUAGGUACCGAUUAGAUCAUUACAGAUUUGAGAAUUCAUUAAAAAUUGAGAAAUAUGAAUUUAUCAUCUUACGGUUCGUUCCUUCCAAUAAUAAUAGUUAAGCUAAGUAUGUACUUGUUCAACGUGAAAAUACAUCCUAAAUUUAAAUUUACCAUUCAUUUAGACAGUUACUGUUUGGAUAGAAUCAUCAAGACCUUUAUGAAACGAUCGGUACCAUAAAUGGAACGAAAAUGUUACGCCUAGCCCUAGAGAAAUUUACCAUACUGAAUUGUCCGCUUGUGAUAGUUUAUCAAAACUCAUAGAUAACAUAAAUGACUCAGCUACCUACUUUAUUUUAUUUUAUUUUUCAAGCAUAAUCUACAUUUUCUGUACAUUAUUCAUUAUUU